AUGCCGGAACUUAACCAGAAACCUUCCAAGGAAAUUUGUCCUUUCUAUGAUUACUUCAUUCACACUCACUAUGAUCUCACAAUGCUUCAAAAGGAUUGUCAAAAUUGUGUUUUUUCAUCCGUGGACGAAUUUCAAGCAAAAGUUGAAUUAAUUUCUCACAAUUAUUCCGUCGUAUUUGGAGAAAAUAAUAAAUUGACAAAGUUGGCCAAGCAAGUUAUAGAGGAAUGCCAACAUGACCUGGUGGAACUUCGUUUGUGUCAAAACUGUUUCCAUCUUUCCAACACCAAACCUGUCAAAGAAUGGUUCUGCAAACCUUGUCAACCACCCCACCAAGUGGUUUGGGCGAAACAAAAAGGAUUUGAGUUUUGGCCGGCAAAAGUAAUUCGUGUGGAGGAUAACAGGAUUGAUGUUCGAUUCUUCGGGAAGCAACAUCCAAGAGCCUGGGUUGGUGCGGAUGCUGUACGAGCCAUCACUGUCAGUCCUGCUCAACUUAAAGUGAAGAAGAAGCCACAAUGGAAACAAGCCAAUGAUGAGAUGCAGGAAUAUAUAAGACAAUGUGAAUGU